AUGUCUGAUUUAUUUGCAGAACUGGUGCAUUUCAGAGGCCUAUUUCUGAUGACCUUUGUGUUGGGCAUAGGCGGUACAUUUCAAUAUGGUUUCCAACUGUCUGUGCUGAAUUCUCCAUCUCCAUUCAUCAAACAGUUCAUCAAUGACACGUGGGUGAACAGAUACCAGACUUCAAUAACUGAUGGAAAACUUACCUUGAUAUGGUCUUUGCUGGUUUCUAUGUUCAGCAUCGGGGGUCUAAUAGGAUCAAUGGUGUCUGGUUACCUAAUUGGGAGGUUUGGGAAGAAGAAGUGUCAGUUAUGUAUCUCAAUACUGCCAAUGGUCAACACUCUGCUCAUGAGUCUCAGCCAGACAGCUGGAAAUGUUGAAAUGGUUAUGGUUGGUCGUUUCCUUUGUGGUUUUUAUUCAGGUUUUGGAGUUAAUAUUCAUGCCCAGUAUCUUGGAGAAAGUGCACCCCGAAAACUGCGUGGCAUCAUCAAUGUCACUGGGCCCAUAUCUGUUAGCCUGGGAAAACUGUGUGGUCAGAUUGUGGGACUCAGAGAGAUAUUUGGAUCAGAAGCCCUGUGGCCUCACAUUCAGCUCUUGAGUGGAAUUUUAGCUUUGGUACAGCUGGGUACCCUGCCCUUCUUCCCAGAAUCCCCCACAUACCUACUGUUGGAAAAGGGUGACAAAGAGGCUUGUCUAAAAGCUAUGAAGCAGUUGUGGGGAGACAGAGAUCACCAUGCCGCAAUUGAUGAAAUAAUGAAAGAACAAAGUGCAAGAAAGAAGGGUAGAAGCAUAAGUGUCUUGGAGCUGAUGCGGGACCAGUCCAAUCGCUGGCAACUCUACGUCAUGAUUGGCAUGAUCCUUAGCAUGCAACUUAGUGGUGCCAGUGCAAUUUACUUCUACUCGUAUGACGUGUUUCACGCUGCCGGCUUCCCUGAGGAUAGGAUUGCGUAUGUUUCGUUGGGAGUUGGGGGUUUUGAAUUUGUUUCCUCCAUGAUAUGUAGUUUACUUAUUGAUCGCUUUGGAAGGAAGACUCUGAUUUUGGGAGGAUAUAGCCUUAUGGCUUUGACUCUAGGACUUCUAACAGUCACACUCUCCUUUCAGGCCACAUUCUUCUGGAUGCCAUACUGCAGUGUUGCCCUUACAUUUCUAUUUGUUUUCCUGUAUGGGGCUGGGCCAGUUGGCGCCGUGAUAUCUACCUGUGUUGAAAUCUUUGCCCAGGCUCCUCGUGUUCCAGCCUUUGUCAUCUCUGGGGUUUUCACCUGGUUAGGACUGUGUAUUCUGGGAAUGUCUUUUCCAUAUAUUGUGGAGAGUCUCCAGCAGUACUGCUUCCUUCUCUUCAUACUGGUUAUCGCCAUUUCAGGGAUUUCACUAUACUUUGUCCUUCCUGAAACUAAAGGUAAAUCCAUAACAGAAAUCUCACAGGAAUUCAACAAGCUGAACUUCAGGAAGCAGCACUUAGAGGAGAAGGCCAGAAUCCCGGAAGGUGUACUGAGUACCAGGCUCUAAGGAGUACCUAGACAAGCAAGACAACCAUCCAGGCAUGUGCCCUGAGCACUAAAGCAAAGGAUACAGGAUUGUCUGAGCAGCAUAUAAAGCAGGAACUAGCAUGGGAGUGUCUGAUAGCAAUGGUGACUAUCAGGAUAGUGCCAUUAUACAAUGCUGGUAGUCUAAGGCAACAGUACUUAUGGUUGUGUCACUGAUCUUCUCAUGGUGUAGCCAGAAGGAUAAGCGGAAGAACACAGUGGGCCUUAUGCUGAGUUGGAUGCAUGUUGGACAUAAUUUAUGGUCAAAAACAACAUCCCUAACAAUAACGAGGCAAACGCAUAUCAGGAUGCAUCCAUCUAUACACCUGUAGCAUAUGAGACAGGUAUACAUGCAUAAACAUACAUCCAUACUUACCUAGUGUAUGGAUGCGCAGAAUUCUGCUUACACACAUACUGUAUAUGCAGAUUUUUCUCAAUAAAUGCUCAGAAUACCUAUAGUAUGCAGAUUUUAUGCUGUGCAAAUACCUCCGACUCAGCCUCAGGCCCAAUAUGUCUAAGCACUAAACUGUGAUACAAGAUCAGAAGACCACAGUCCCUGAGCAUCAAACUUUUUUCACAUAAAGAAGUCCAGAUCAUGACAAUUCAUCUAUUAAAACCACACGUCUCCUAUUAGUGAAAAAUACAUUUAAAUGUACUACUAAGCUGUGGAACAGGAUUGUCAAUUAUCAGUCAAUUUAUUUACAUGUCAGAAAUAGAGGAUGAUAACAUUUAGAUACCUAUCUGUAAAAGACAUUUCACACCAGUAAUUUGGGUUUAGUCUAUGCAUGCUGUAGGUCUCUUGUCUAUAAUCAAUGAGAACUAUUUUCUAGAUAUCCUUCCACUCCGGAUCGGUUCAAGGUUUUCCGCAUCUUAAGAAAAGCUUCAGCCUACAACCCCUUCUACCCUUAAUACACACUUGAGACCCCCUGACACACUGAUUUUUGCUAAAUAAAAAUAAAUCUUACAUUUUCCUGGUUGGCUGUCAAGGCUGCAUUACUGUUGUCCAAAUGCAAAACUUUGUCCAGGCUCCACUGCUGCCCAGGACAGUUCCACUUUGGUAUAAAUAUUCCCGAGACAUCCUUCAUUUUUUUUACUAGUCAGACUCUGCUUCUGGGCUUGUAUUGCAGCCCCAUUCCUCCCUUUAUUAUACUGCAUGAAGUGGUUGCUGGCCAGGCUGGGAAGAAGGGGGUUUUCUGAGCAACUGGAAUACCCCCCUGUGUUUGCCUAUUUAGAAAGUGCCUUAUGAGGCCACUCUAUCACUGUAUGACUCUAUAUAGUGAGAUCAGCUGAGAAUAACAAAAGAUUAAAUGGGAGCAAGUCCUUGUGACUCUCAGUGUUAUUGGUAACUUCAACAGCAUCAAGAAUAAAUGCAAAAACCUGCAACGUGCUUAUUAUACUGAUUCUAUCACGUAAACAUUAACAUAUUCUGCAUUCUUACGGUGUAUUGCAGCAUACCCAGCUGCUACCCAGCUGCUGCUAAUAUACACUGGGUGACUGCUGAUAAGUCAAGACUAUUAAAAAAUGUAUUUAGAAUAACAUACCUCCCAUCAUGACCCAUUCCAGGAGGGACAAAAUGCUCUGCUCCUGGACUUCACUCUUAAUUUAUGAUUUCCAUUGCCUGUUUUGGACAGGUAAAUUGAUAAGAC